CCGAAAACACAUGUUAGGCUCAGUUUGCCGGUGUUCAACUUUUUUAGUCUGCUGUGGAAGAAUACACACACAAAACUAAAAAAGGUCGUGACUUUAGUUGAGCUUUAGUUCGAACUAAAACCUCGAAACAUAUUUUCACCCUGCUUUAUAACUAAAACAACACUCGAAGAAGUACAUAGCUGAAUGAUAUAAGAUGACGAGGUAGUCCUCUUACAAAGCAGAUUCUGAGAUAUCCGAAACACCCAAAAAAAAUCACAUUAAGGCCCAACGACCCCCCGAAAAAGAAAUCACAUUAAGGCCCAACAAAAGAAAUCACAUUAAGGCCCAACGACCCCCCGAAAAAAAUUAAGGCCCAACGAUCAAGCAUGCGAAGCUACGAAGCGGUUGUGUAUUCUCAAAAAAGAAAAAGGAAGCGGUUGUGUCAUCCCUAAAAAAAAAGGAAGAAGAGCGAGAGAGAGAGAGAGAAGGGAAAGCAGUUGAGAGAGCAGCAGCCAUGGAGAUGAUGGAGGCGCGCGGCGACCUGCGAUCGAUCCCGGUGGUGCCGCGCGGCGGGGCGCUCUUCUGGCCGGCGGCAGCGCAGGAGCAGAUGAGGGCGCUGUCCCCCGGCCCCGACGUCAGCCGGGUUGCGUUCGGCGCGCUCCACGACCUCCGGCAGGCCCUCGCCCUCCCGGCGCUCCCCGCGCGCGCCACCGAGGGAUUCGCGCUCACGAUCCUGCCUUAGCACCGCGCUCCCGGCGCUCCCCUUCUUCGACGACCUCCUCUUGCGGGCCCACACGCGGGACUGGUUCGCCGACGUGCUCCCCCGCCUCCUCCUCCGCCUCCCGAAGCUGCUCGAGGACCACUACGCCGGCGCCCGGGCCACGCUCGGGCUCCGCCUCCUGGGCUCCCAGGGCGCGGGCGUCGUGCUCUUCGGCCAGGAGCUCGCCACCGUGCUCUUCUGCUUGUUCCCCGCCGCCAGCCGUGACAAGGCCCGCCUCCCGGCCAUCAAUUUCGACGCCUUGCUCUCGUAUGCCGCUUGGCUCAUUAUUUACACUUUGCAGGAGUAAAAGCGAUUAGCUGUUCUUACUGAUCUCCAGGGCACUUACCAACAAUGUGAGGUGCCGGUUUUGUGUCGUCUGACAGUGAUGCUUGGAUGAAAGCUAGCGCGCCCUUCUCUGCCCAUUCCGGGUACACAUACUUCAAGCUGUGCUCAUGGUUCGCGGACGUGCUCCCCUGCCUCGCCCGCCUCCUCCUCCGCCUCCCCACGCUGCUCGAGGACCACUACGCCGGUGUCCGGGCCGCGCUUGGGCUCCGCCUCCUGGGCUCCCAGGGCGCGGGCAUUGUGCUCUUCGGCCAGGAAGCUGACCCCCCGUGCUCUUCUGCCUGUUCCCCACCGCGACGUGGCGAAGCCCGCUUCCCGGCCAUCAAUUUUGACACCUUGUUCGUGGUUUUAUCGGCAGGGCACUGACCAACAAUGUGAGGUGCCGGUUUUUGUGUCGUCUGACAGUGAUGCUUGGAUGAAAGCUAGCGUGCCCCUCUCUGCCCAUUCCGGGUAAGUGGUUUCAUCUGUUCCAUCUUAUUGAUUCUGCAGAGUCCCUCUGAAAUUAACUAUUAGCACACAACUUAGUUGGGUUCACCUGUUUCAGUUGUGAAUCAAAGGCGAGCUUGUAUACCAAUAUUGUUUCACGCCAUAUGCCUCUUUACACGAGAUGAUGUAUAGCUUACAAAAAUUUGAUUAAUUAGUUAGUACUCCUUCUAUAAAGAAAUAUAAGAGCAUCUGGUAUACUGGAUUGCUUAUUGAGAUUUAGCUGCUCAAGCAAUAUCAGGGCAACAAUCUGCUCUUGUAACAACAUAGAAUAGCUUCUUGUCUUCCUAUUUCACAGUUCCAUCAAUAUUUUGGUCUAUAAAGAAGUGAAGAUAUC